AUGCCCCACCACUAUAUUCUAACCUUAUUUGGCCUCCUACCAGUAGCAACCAACAUCUCAACAUGAUGAAACUUCGGCUCAAUACUAUUAGCAUGCUUAACCAUACAAGUAUUAACCGGAUUCUUCCUAGCCAUCCACUACACAGCAAACAUCAACCUAGCAUUCUCAUCUAUCAUUCACAUCACCCGCGAUGUUCCAUACGGCUGAAUAAUACAAAACCUACACGCCAUCGGCGCAUCCAUAUUCUUUAUUUGCAUCUACAUUCACAUCGCACGAGGACUAUACUAUGGCUCCUAUCUAAAUAAAGAAACCUGAAUAUCCGGAAUUACACUACUCAUCACACUCAUAGCAACCGCCUUCUUCGGAUAUGUCCUCCCAUGAGGACAAAUAUCAUUCUGAGCUGCAACCGUAAUUACCAACCUAUUAACUGCCGUACCAUACUUAGGCACAACCUUAACAACCUGAUUAUGAGGAGGAUUCGCAAUCAAUGACCCCACCCUCACACGAUUUUUUGCACUACAUUUCAUCCUACCAUUCGCAAUCAUCUCUAUAUCAUCACUACAUAUCAUCCUACUCCACGAAGAAGGGUCCAGCAACCCACUUGGAACAAACCCAGACAUCGACAAAAUCCCAUUCCACCCAUACCACUCAUACAAAGACCUACUCUUCCUAACCCUGAUAAUCCUAUCUAUACUCAUCAUCGUCUCAUUCUUCCCUGACAUCUUCAACGACCCAGACAACUUUUCAAAAGCCAAUCCACUAGUUACACCUCAACACAUUAAACCAGAAUGAUACUUCCUAUUCGCCUACGGAAUCCUGCGAUCCAUUCCAAAUAAACUAGGUGGCGCAUUGGCCCUAGUAAUAUCAAUCAUAAUCCUAUUUAUUACCCCAUUCACACAUACAGCCUACUUCCGCCCAAUAACUUUCCGCCCACUAUCACAACUAAUGUUCUGAACACUAGUAUCAACAUUCAUCACUAUCACAUGAGCCGCCACAAAACCAGUAGAACCUCCAUACAUCAUCAUUAGCCAAGUAACAGCAACACUAUACUUUACCUUCUUCAUCUCUAUACCUCUCCUAGGCUGAAUCGAAAACAAAAUAACAAACACCCCCU